CAACAUCUUUCACCAAAAUAUUUUACUUUUUAUCAUCUCUUUUCAUAUUUUAACAUAUUUUCUCCAAGAGAAGAUCUAUAGAAAUUUUCCUGUGAUUUUUCUAGAUUAACUUAACAUGUCGCUAGACGGACUAGGAGGGAUGGCUAUGGCGGAGGCUUACACGGCGAGGAAGUUUCAUAGAGAAAACAUGAAGACUUUGACGGCAAGCACAUCCACAACCGUCGGUGGUGGAACCGAAGACAACGGUGGAGGAUAUAGCCUGUGGUUCUUCGGAAAGCGGAGCACCAAGAAAAACUCGGCUAAAGUUUGUGAUCUUAUAACUAUAGAAUAAAUCGUUGGUCACAUCCAUAAACAAUCUAAGGAAUAAAAAACUUUAUAUAUCUUUUAUGUUACUUUA